AUGUCUACAAAUGAAUCCAGUUCCCAAGGCCAAGGUCAGUGGCAGCCGGCAGGCAUAGAUGUCUUACAGCCGAAUUCCGAAGGUUUUGGAGCUGCAACUACGCGAUGGAAUGCUUACGGCGCCCCGGUUUUUGCCAAGGCUACCGUUCCAGGUAGUGCUGCUGAGGUGGCAGAAAUUGUCAAAGCUGCCAGAGCUUCGGAAAUUCCAUUCCUUGCUAUGGGUGGGCGCCAUGGCUAUGGCCAUACAUUCAGCCAACUACAGGGCGGACUGGCUAUCGAUCUACGUCAUCUGAACAGCGUCGCAAUUGACAAGACUCAAGAGACCGUGACCAUUGGAGGCGGGGCAAAGAUACGCGAUGUCAUCAAUCCUGUGGCAGAUGCAGGAUUUCAGAUCGCUUCGGGCGCCUGUAAUGGAGCAGGCUAUGUCGGAACUACUCUUGGUGCCGGCAUCGGAUUUCUGCAGGGGACCUUUGGUCUAGCUCUGGAUGCCCUCUUCAAACCAGGAUUUGUUUUGGGCUAUUCGGGCGCCGGAGCAAACUUUGGCAUCGUAACGUCUGCGACCUACAAGCUCUCCAAGCAGAUCAACGGGGGCCAGGUAUUCUACGCCGAGCUAGUAUACUCGGCAGAGCAGCAAUCGGCGUACUUUGAGAUGAUGGAGGCAUAUCAAGACCAACGGCCAGCACAGCUUGGGUGUUCCAGCUGCAUAUUUUGGAACCCAGCGACAAAUUCAACCUGCGUCCUAUCCACGUUCAUAUACGUGGGCACUGAGGAAGCGGCUCGAAGCGAGUUGCAGCCAUUCUUCGAUCUAAACCCCGUCAUUGCUGCUGCCGAAGAUAUUCCCUUCCAGCGCGUUCCCAAUGUCAUCCUGACUGGCUUUGCUGAGGUUACUUGCAACACGACCGAGGGCAUCCACAGUAUCCACACUGUCAAUGUCCGGAAAUUCACAGCCGCCACCUUUAGCUCCGUAUUCACACAGUUUGAUGCCUUUUUGAAGCAAUACGAGGAUGCCAGGAGCGCCAACUCGGCAAUUGUUAUCGACAAUUUCGGAACUGCCGGUCCAACCUCGAUAUCAGACGAUUCCACAGCAUAUCCUUGGAGGGACGCGGCAUGUAAUGUCAUGUUGCAAAUGCGUUGGACCGGUUUGGAUAAUCCGCUUGGUGAGACGGCAAACACCCUUGCCAAGAAACUGCGUGACGAGUUGGCUGCGAAGUCGGGCUAUGAUGGUCUAUCUGCAUAUGUCAAUUAUGCCUGGGGUGACGAGACUCUUGAGCAAAUCUAUCGCAAAGACAAGCUGGAGCGUUUGGUGGCACUCAAAAAGCAAUGGGACCCAGCCAACGUCUUUGGGUACUCCAAUGGCAUCCCCCCAAACUACAAGACGCAAUAG